AUCACUGUCGCCGCAGCUCCGUGUUCGAGGCUACAACUCCAGCCCUAAUUAAAAACCUCCCCUCAGACGCGGCUCCCUCCACCUCCCGCCUCUCCGCUCCCGCUCCUGCUCCCGCGCCGCAAUGAAGGAAUUUAUCCGUUCGGUCCUGAAGCCUCGCUGCUCACAGGGAUGAGGUCUCGGCUGACUUUUCCCCGCGUCGAGUGAAAACAUCGAGGGAGAGCGGACCUGUCGAUUCUCGGCCACCCGGCAACUCCUUGCAGCAUCCUCCGGAGAAAGAACGAAGAAGAAAAAGAAAUCACCUGUACUUCUUCUUCUUCUUUUUUGUUUCCUCUCAGACGGGACGCAGACUGACUGCAGGCUGAGUGAUAAUAAUCUCAAUAAUAAUAAGAAUAAUUGCAGUAUUAACAUGGAUAAUAACGCUGCGAAUUCGGAGAAAUCUCAACUGAUACACGAGAAGAACGCCAAAAUGUAUUCUUUGAAACUGCAAAGCGCCUUCCCAGACUCCAAAGAUCCCGACUUCCCUUUCAAAAACGGAGGCAUGGCCGGCGCCAUCGAGCUGAAGCGACCCGUCGGUGCCCACUGCCACGGCGCCAAAGCCCUGGUGUGUGAGGACAGCGUGGACAAGCUGUUGGCCAAGAAGAAACUCUACAUCGCGUCAGCCGUCUGCCUCGUCUUCAUGAUCGGCGAAGUCAUAGGAGGCUACCUGGCUCACAGCCUGGCCAUCAUGACUGACGCAGCCCACCUCCUGACGGACUUUGGCAGCAUGAUGGUGAGCCUGUUCUCCCUGUGGAUCUCCUCCAGACCGCCCACCAAAACCAUGAACUUUGGCUGGCACAGAUCAGAGAUCCUCGGGGCGUUCAUCUCAGUCAUCUCCAUCUGGAUCGUCACGGGGGCCCUGGUGUACUUAGCCAUCGAGAGGAUCGUACGCAACGACUACGAGAUCGAUGGCCACGUAAUGCUGGUCACCUCCGGGUGUGCCGUCAUCGUCAACAUAGUCAUGGCCUACAUCCUCCACCACUCCACCACCUUCCACGCCCACGGCAGCGGCUACCACCAGAUCGACGAGGACGGCCACAGCCCCGUCUCUCACGGACACUCCCACGCGCUCCUCGGCGGCCACGGCAACACGAGCGUCCGCGCCGCCUUCAUCCACGUGGUGGGCGACCUGCUGCAGAGCAUCGGCGUGUUGGUGGCGGCGAUCAUCAUCUACUUUCGGCCCGAGUAUAAAGUCGCAGAUCCCAUCUGUACGUUCCUGUUCUCGGUCUUCGUCCUCUGCACCACCAUCACCAUCCUCAGAGACGUCUUUAGGAUACUCUUGGAAGGGUCUCCUAAAGGAAUCGAGUUUAACUCUGUGAAGGAGGUGCUGCUGUCUGUGAAGGCUGUGAAGUCCAUGCACUGUCUGCACCUCUGGGCUCUGACUCUAGGCCAGGCUCUGGUCUCUGUGCACCUGGCCAUAGAGGAAGGCGCUGACGCUCAGUCCGUGCUGCAGGAGGCCACCGACCUGCUCCACACCAAGUUUGGUUUCUACAGCAUCACCAUCCAGGUGGAGCUCUACUCUGAAGACAUGAGCCACUGCUCCCACUGCCAGGACCCCAGCGACUGAUACCCACGCUGGACGCCACCAGGCCGGACCCAACAGGACACGGAACGGGACUCAGGCACAACAUUGUCAUUCCCUCUGGGUGAGCUGGACCAGUGAGGGCUGUCUUCACGCCGCAGCCCACUCUUGAAGGACGGGAAGAGUUUUUUUUUGGUUGCGUUCGCCGUCAAGUCACAAGAAAUUAGACAACAAAAUCAUCCAUGUGUUGGUGGUCAGAGUGCUGACACUGGAGCUCCAUGCUAACACGGAACAGGCCAGCCAAACCUAGCAGCUCCCCUCAGAGUCCCUCUUCAAACAAGGCGCGUGUAGUGUUCAGCUUCUCAAGGUUAUAUGGAGCUUUUAAGAAAUAAUGGGACAAUUCAACAAAAGAACUGCGGUGAAACGUUACACCAAGGUGUUGGCUCAUAAAGAAAUCUAUCAAAACUAAUAGACCCGUGAAGCCUGAAGGAGACCUUUUCCUAAAAAAUGCGUUUGUGUCCUCAGAAAAUAUGCAAAAAAGGCACAAAACUUCGUCCGUCUUACCUCCAUCUUGUCAUUUGAAAUUCUGAAUCCUAUCACAAAAACUACUAAACGCAAGGUAACAUUAGUCCUACAUGUGAAAUGAGUAGUUAUUCAGAGAUGACAAUAUUCUCAGUAAAAUGUAAAUCUAUCUAUCUAGAAACUCAUCUCACAGAUAGCUCACUGCAGCUUGUUUUGUGUUGACAACAUAAGUCUUUGGAAACUUAAUGACAAAAAACAUCGUUAGGGUUAAGAAAAUAUCUGGUAUUCUUGUUUCUGUUGUCCUGAUAUCUCUACGAAUGUACUUGCUUUUGUUGCCACUAUCAAAGCUGGAAAUUAUCCAGAAGUCUCAUGAAAAACAUCACAUUUUGCUGCCAGUAAUUUGGCUGAAAAAAUGUCAUCUUAUAAAAAAUCUCCAGUUUUGUGGCCCCCUUGUGUGACUGGAAAUUGCCCUGACAUCCACAAAAUACUUCUUUUUGUUGGCACUAAUGUGGCUGGAAAACGUCUCGACAUUUCAACAAAAAUAUCUUGUUGAAGCUAUAAAUGAAUACAUGAACCAAACUUUUACUUUCAGCCACAAAGCUUCUGCGCAUAUGAUGUCAACAGUCGGUGAGUCACGUACCAACACCGACGCCGACUUGCAGAGUCUCUUAUCUGACUUGCGUGGUUGUUCACAUGGACUUUCCCAGUUGGUGACUAAUUUUUCGGAUUAUUCCGACAUCACAUGAUGAGAGUAGCUGCUGGUUAAAAACACUGCCUAACUUUUUGUAUUUCGUGUAAAUUAGGGAAAAACUGCCAAGUAUGGAAUUGUUCACAACUACUUUACAGCUUUGGGUCUACUACUUAUUUUCUACAAUAACUAUCCUACUAAUAUGUUAGCAUGGAGCAUACAAUCAGUUGACACUGAAUGUGCUGAGCUGUUAGCAUGGAGCACCUGAUGGGACACACAUGGAUGACUUUGAUGUCUGAUGUUCAUUCACUGUCAUUAAACUGCUGACCGCUAAUUAUAUUUUCGAAGCUUUUUUUUUUUUUUUUUGCUGAAAAUGUCUUUGUUGAGAUAAAAUCAUUGCAAACACUGAGGUAAGGUAACAUCUACCAUACCGAUAAAAGUUGUCUUUUAGGGAAGGAAAGCGUGACUGAUGCCUCUCUAAAAAUCUACAUUUUGUACAUAGUUGGUUGUUGCCAUGGGAAGAUCGCAGGCUGAGGGCACGAGGACUUUUAAACCUGCUAAUUCAUCAGUGUCAUGUUAAACAAAUGAGAAAGUACGGUGGUGAUUAAAUGUUUGAAGACACCUUUUAAUCCAUAAAAUCUGCACUAUUUGUUGCCAAGUUGACCCCAAAGACAGCAGCUAUAAAACUGAACACAAGACUGACAGAUACAUCAACUGAACAGUCAUGAUGUCGGUGCAGCUUUUCAGCCAGUUGUUACAGAUAUAGUCGAGAUAGUUCCAAUCUUACCCCUUUUCAACCAAAGUGAAGUAAGUGCUGGUUCUGGGCCGGUGCUAGUUUCGGUUCAAAAGUUGCUUCAACCCGUGAACCUUUUAAGAACCAGUUUGUCUUUCCAUGGGCAUGAGAACCACCGAAGAGUCACAUCAUUUGGUCACUGUACACAUUUUCAAAUUUCCCAGCAUCUUUAGGAACAGAGAUGGCGGGCUAGGCUCGGUGUCACUCUGGAACCAGUUUUCCUGGCCAGGAACCAAUUCUUUGGCUCUGAACUAGCACCUCCUUGGUCUAAAAGGGUUGACACUGGUCUUAAAACCUGAGGUACCCUGGCGUAACCUGUCGCAGUACUACCUUUACACAUCGCACUGUACUGUGCUCUUCAUCAUGCUCAUCCUCAAGUGUCUGUUCUGUAUGUAAUAAUUCAGUUAAAUCUGGACUUGACCAAUCUCUCUACUGUACUGUGCUGUUUUAUUUGAUCACAUCAUGCCAAAGAUAGUCUGUCUUCAUGGCGGAGGGGUUUGGAUGAUCAUGAGAGUCAGAUGUCGAAGACUUCAGUGGAACAGUGAGGAUUGACUUGACUUGAAGUUGAUGUGUAAGAUACCAGCAGCGUUAAAUCCGAACUCAUUAAGGGCUAUUCUGCUGAUAGUAGAUCUCCUGACAGUUUUGUUGUGGUACAGGCAUUCUUCGGUUUGUCAGGUCACAGAGAACUGCCUUCAGAAGUGUUUCCAUAAUAGUGGGCAGGGUAUCGAUUGAGCGGGAGGAAAAUGAGUAAGUGUCAGACUGAGAAAGCAUGCGGCUGCUCCCACUGUCAACUCCGAGCGGACGCUCAGGUCUGGGGGCAGAAAUGAUUUAGUCCUGCAGUCGGACGAUUAGUUUCAGCUUCUCGCUGUCAUCCAUCCCGUCUAUCUCUCCUUCCUCCUUUAGCUCCGAUGUUACUCAUCCAUCGACUAUAUGUGUCUGUGUUCCCUGACCUGUCAUCCAUCCAUCCAUCCAUCCAUCCAUUGAAAGUCUUUGUAAGUCCUUUGGGAUUGGUUGCGUCAACAGAGCUUAAGCCUGAGUGUAAAUCUGAUGCCUUCUCCAUUGCAGGCGUCAAAAUCCACGUUGUUCAUUGGACUCAUUUCUGCAGCUCCUCUGCUGUUGACAAUGCAAAUAACUCAUUGAUUUACUCAUCUCAAUGUCGCCGUGAUGUUGCUGUAAAUGAGAAAUGAUAUCAAUCAGCAAGACAGUGCCGCUUGGGGAUAACCAAAGUCGCUAUGGCCUUCUAAUGGACGUACAUCGCUAAACCUGGUGUAGUUAAAACUUGGCUUAAGUUUAGAUGGUUCAACCAACGUAAAGUCCAUUCUCAAAACUGGUCUUGACAAGCUGUCCUGGCUUAAUGAAGACCAGUGGAUCUUCCAUCCCUUCCCCGUACCUUAACCAGGACUGCAGGAAUCAUGUGUUGUUGCAUUAGGACCGGUGUUUGAUCCCAAAUAGCCCCAAAACUCCUGAGCAAAAAAAAAAAAAAAAAAGAAAAAAAAAAGAUUCCAUAAAACGGUGGAUAAAUUCUGUUGAGCAUCACAAACCUGCGACAAAAUGAAUCGUUUCACUGUCAGAAUUUGAUCCGUUCAGUUCAAUAAAAUUUAAAUACUAGAAGACCCACACAAUUUAACCAUUUUAUCUCUAUUCAAGUUAGCCAGCUCGGUCGGCAGAAGUCUCUAGUGUGUAAACUUUAUGGGCCUCACAACAAGGAAGAUCCACUUUUUUGGCUUUAAAUCGCCGCUGAGCAGCUUUCAUAGGAAUAAGCAACACCCUUUUAAUGUAACGUCCUUGAUUCAGCCCCAGCUAUACGUGAAACCGUACAGUUCAGCUUCCAGCUCUUCAAACAGUGCAGUUCAGCUCCCGCUUGCCCACCCAGCAAUGCAGUUCAGCUCCCAGCUUUUCAACAGCCAGAGAUCCCACCGCAGUCCCUUCAGAAAUUGCGUUCCCUAGUGGAAAGGUUGCUUGAUAAGCAGCAAACCCUUUGGAAUUCAAUUCAGUUUUGGGUUGAUGGUGGUGCUAGAAGGAAAAAGGAGAAUUUCUGGGUGCCACAGUUAUUCCCAGCAUGUUUCAAGGAACCAGCUUUGGCGGUUAAAACUCUGUACUUGGGUAAAGAGAAUAUUUUUGAGGUCAUUUUGCACCCAUAAGAAAAGCCAACAAGCCCGUUGACAUGCCUGUAAUGUUUCACAGCUACUAUAAAGUGUUGAUGUUGUUAGUUUUUCUCUCCAAGAAGGGACAAUUGUACAAUGUAAACGCCUAGUUGACAUCCAUUCUGAUCCAAAUACUUGCAUGGUUGUUCGCUGUUAUUCAAUAUCAUGUACAGUAAGACGUUUCUUGUUCAACUGCCAAUCAGAAUACGUUGAUAUACCAUGCGGAGGAUUAAUCAAAGGAAAAACGUUGUCUUUAAAAUUCUAUAUUUUCACCAAUUUUUAAGGAGAUCCUGUAUAUUUAAGUACGUUUUUCCAAAAAUAUAUGGACCCAACAGCUGGGUCCAUAUGGAGUUAAAACAAAGUGAAUGUAAUAAAGACCAAUGCAUUUUACUGUACUAGUUUUGAUAUACAUGCACACUGAAGUUCUCCUCUCCAGGCUGUGGUGACAAACUUGAGCCAAAGUCUUUCUUUACAGUCGGAUCGAGCUCAUUUCAUUCCAGAAUAACAAUGUUCCUGUUUGUUCACUACGGAAGUCUAACGUUUGAGAAUGCUCUGUAUCGUGCUGUCGAUGUCGUUGUGUGACUGUCGUUGUAAAUAUGUCAAAUAUUGUGUAUUUUCCGUGUAUGAUUUUGGGUACACAUGUGUAAAUACGUUUAUCUCCCUUGUACAAUCGGUCUGUGUUCUGGUGAUGUUGCAUAAGUCCGCGUCACAUCUGUGAGGUUUGAUAUUUCAUUUCUAUGUGUGGCAAGAGUUUUUUUGUAAAGUGAAAUAAAAGACUGCAGAUGA